UUAUAUAAGACAACUCGGUACCAUACACACAAAGAAUGAUAAAAUCCCCGCGAAGUCGAUGCGUGUCUUUUCCUCAAGACGUGUUGGAUUCGGAGUAUAAAUAGGCCUGGAUAUUGAGAACGGAGCAUAAAAUAGUUUCGAGACGGCUUCGAUCGAUAUGCAUUUCUCAUCGACAAGUUCUUUCGCCGUUGUGGCGAUCUUCGCCUGCAUUGGAACUCUGCAGAUUGAGGCUUCGCCGAGUCCCAUUCGGUACGUAACACCAAAACCAGGAAUUGACUACAGGAUUCGUGUAGUGACGCCAAAUCCCAGGAUUCGAUAUCUUCGAUCUGUAGAUGAGGAAGGACUUCUGGAAAAUCCCAUUGAGGAGAAGGAUUUGACAAGACAUUCUGGGGCAUUUCUACCGAUUGAAGAAUAUUCACACUUCGCACAACCUUCCGAUGAAGAUGUUCCGGAAACCGACAUUACGGUUGAACAUGCCAUCAGCAAGCGAAGUCCAGAGCGAGUUGUUAUCAAUUAUCAACCACCACCUGCGAAUGGACCACGUUACGCCCGCUCAGCGAAUGCAGAGGAAGCUGAAGAAUUUAUGGUGGCGUACGAAGACGAAGAAUAAACACAAUUUUUGCUAACGUCGAUUAAAUUUUAUCGAUUACUCAACUGGUGGAUAUACUUGUAUACACACAGAUGCAAACUGAUUGGAAUAUUUUAAUGGUGAUAAAAUUUUUAACCUGUCCUUGAAUAAAUUAGAAAGUUUAUCGGUAUGAAAAAUCCAAUUUUUGCAUCCAAACCAAAGAAGUUGAAGUUUCUAAGGAUGAAUUUUUAGGAAAAAAUCGGUAUUUACUAACUCAUAUUUCGAAAACUAAACUGUCCCAAAAUUAUCCCCAAGUUGUAAAAUAGUGAUUUUUAUUUCAACGUUUUAUUAUUUUGAAGAUGAUGGUUGCUCAAAAAUCGGGCUAUUUUUUGUACUAAUUUUCUCAUGAGAUAGUCGUACAUUGAGUAUUCAUCAAUAAGGAAUAAAAUAAGGUGUCGUAUAGGGAUAUUGAAAAAAUUGACCAGAUUUUUAAUCAUUAUACAGCAAUUUGAAAUGAAGCGUCGAUUAUAUCUAUAUAUAAAACUUUACGAUUUAUAAUGUUAAUGUUUAAAAUUAUAGCAUUUUCAAAGAGACCGUCGUAACUUACGAAUACAAUAAUUUAAUAAAUAGUCAAUGUACGAUGACGUCGUAAUAAAAUUAAUGAAAAGUAUCGAUGUUUUUCCAGCCAACCUUCAUAUCGAGAAAAAAUGAAUCUAUAUGAGUUGAUCUAAUUAGAUUGAACUAGAUAUAAUCAGAUAUUUAUAUAUAUAAACACACAUACACACAAUAUAUUACAUAUUUUAAAAAUAAUUCGUCGAAGUUGGUCAUAGUAAAAAAUCUUUUUAUUAGACUUCUAAGCUCGUAGGAUCAUCAAUAAUUAUUUCCGGAAGAUGAUUGGCCGUAGCCGAUCGAAACGUCGCAACCUUUUAAAUAAUCAAUAAAAAGAUUUUUUACUAUGACUAACUUGGACGAAUUAUUUUCAAUGUAUAACCACAGUGGUCACUAAUUUCAAACUCCUGUAUUACAUAUUGUUAGAACCAUUUAGAUUAAAUCAGGUCUACAUAGUGAACAGCAAUCGGUCGAAUGGUCCGAUGCGCAUGCGCUAAGAUUCUAAAGCAAAAGCAAUUGUUUCGUCAGGUUGACCAACCGUCGUAAGUUCAGAUGACAGGUCGGCGCGAUGUAUGUAACCUGAAAAAUGUUGGUCGUCCUGACAAAACAACUGCUAUGCUCUAGACCGUUAGCCACUCAUUCUGUAGUUAAAUUAUACAUGAUGAGACCAGAUUGGAUAUAGAAGAAAACUUGGAUUUAAUUAGAUCAAAUUACAUCUGA